AUGCCAUCCUCACGCACUAUUUCCUUUUUCCUCCACUCUCCCGCGCCCGGGAUCGCCUCGCCGUCGCUGCACACGUGCAGCGUCCGUUCCUUGACCUGUCAGCAUGGCACGACCCGCACGCGACCACAGCCACGGCCACAGUACAAAGCACGCUUCAGUCCAGCGGCACGGCCCUCAAUGGCAUUCUUCACUUCAACAUCAGCUCGACCCCGUGAAAAAAACUUUUACGAAGUCCUCGACCUCCCACCAACCGCCACAGCAGCUGAGAUCAAGAAGCAAUUCUACGCCCUCUCCCUCCGCCACCACCCAGACCGCAACCGCGCCGACCCGGACGCCUCCCAACGCUUCGCCCGUAUCUCAGCAGCUUACAACACCCUCGGCAACGCCUCCAAACGCGCAACCUACGACCGCGAUCACGGCCUGCAAACCCAACCCCGGCCAUCCCCAUCCGGCAGCCACAGCAGCCACUCCGCAAACCUGCACAAAGGCUACGCCGGCUCCCGCCCACCAUCCGGCCUUAGCAAACGCCGCGGCACAUUCCGCGGCCCACCACCUAGUUUCUACGACCAAGGCGGCUACGGCAACACCGGCCGAACAGAGAGCGGAUCCUGGACCGCUGGCGCGGAAUACGCAAACGCCGCAGCGGGCGGUGGCGGCGCGCACAAGAAACGAGAUCCGGAGGACUAUCAAGGGUUUAUUGAACGGAAUCCGUUGGGGCAUUUUAAUGCACGGGGACAUUUUAGGACGCAGAGGGCUGAGGAUAUUCGGAGGAGGGAUCGGUAUGUGAGGGCGCGGCAGGCGAGUUUGAAAGAAGAUGGGGCGAGGGAUACGAGUGCGAAGGGGGAGAUUAGGGUUGUCAGGCUUAUUACUGUUUGUGGGAUUCUGGUUGUUACGGGGCUUUUGGGGGGCUUUGCGCAGAGUGUUAUGCCUACUACUCCAGCGGUGCAGGCUCAAGGAGUACAGGCGCAAGCGGCGGCUGCUACUGCCAGUGCGGAGAGGGCGGCCAAGAGGAGGAGGGAGACUAUGUCGGGGUGA